CCCCGCCCUGUCUUUGGGCACGCCCCUCCUAAACCACGCCCCCACCUGCGGGCGGCCCCCCCGGUCCCCGUUCCCCCCCCGGCACCUGCUGCGGCGGCUCCGGCCAUGGGCGCGCUGGGGGCAGCGCUGGCGGCGGCGGCGCUGCUGGGUGUCACGUCGGCUGUGCUGGAGGUGCACGUGGGGACGGGCUCGGUGUUCUCGGUGGAGGGGCAGCGGGCGGUGCUGCCCGCCUGGUACACCAGCCGCUCGCAGAAGAAGCCAUAUGUCACCUGGCUGCUGGACAAGGACGACGCCGACCCCUUCCAGGUCCUGACCUACCUGGACGGGACGGUGAAGGUGGAGGAGACGGAGCUGAAGCCCCGCGUGGGCUUCCUGCACCCCGUCCUUAGUCACAACAUCUCCCUGGUCAUCAAUGUCACCCGCGAAGGGGACUCGGGACAAUACAUGUGCACCGUCAACGUGGUGGACGAGGCCACCAGCACCGGCAAGAACGUCGCCGUCAUCAACCUCACCGUCCUGGUGCCACCGGCUGUCCCCACCUGUCACCUGCACGGCAGCCCGGCCGUGGGAGCCAACGUCACCUUGAGCUGCUCCUCGGAGAAGGGGAAACCAUCACCCGGGUACCAGUGGCAGCGCACGGCCCCCAUCCCACAGGUUUUCUUCCCCCCCGCCCAGGACCGGGCCAAGGGCACCCUCAAGCUGACCAACCUGUCCCUGGAGAUGUCGGGACUCUAUGUCUGUGUGGCUGAGAACCGGGCGGGCUCGGCCGAGUGCAGCGUCGCGCUGGAGGUGCACACAACCAGCGCCAAAGCCGUCAUCGCCGGCGCCGUGUUGGGCUCCCUGGGCGCUCUGGCCACCGUCGUCUUCUUCGCCCGGCGGGUCGUUGGCUACCGGAGGAAGAAACGGGACGGGCAGGAGGACGUGGCCAAUGAGAUCAAGGAAGACGCUGUGGCCCCCAAAACCCCGACCUGGGCGCGACGCCCGGCGGCCGACACCAUCUCCAAAACCAGCACCUUGUCGUCCAUCGCCGGCCCCCGGGGGGGACACUACGCUGCCACCCCCCCCUCCGACACCGGCAGCUACCGGGGGGGACCCCGCCCAGGGGGACGCCCCCCUGCCCGCUCCCCCCCCGCCCUCAAUGGGACCCCCCGACGUCACCAGGACCCCGUCGCCCCCCCAGGUUCGGUGCCGCACUCCGGUUUGACCCGGGCGGGCGCUGUCCCCGUCAUGGUGCCGGCGCAAAGCCGAGCCGGCUCCUUGGUGUGACCCCCCCAAAAAAAGGGGGGUGCCCAUACCCACCACCCCCCUCCUCCCCCAUUUUCUGGGGUGUUUUCUUCCCUUUUUGGGUUACUUUGUGUUAAAAAACUGGACUCGGUGGGAGGCGUUUAAUGGGGGUGCGGUUUGGGGGGGCAAGCCUUGUAAAUAGAACACCCCAAAAAUGGCCCCACCUGGGGGGCGCUUCUUUUUGUUUUCUUUUUUUUUAUAUAUAUCGGUCGAAAUGGGGGAUUUUUAAUAAAAAAGAAUUAAAAGCAGGGGGGACGGGGCGGGGGGGAGGGACAUGACGCUUUUUUUAGGGGUUUUUUUCUGAUUAAAAACGGCGCUGCCCGGC